AUCAGUGUCAUUCACAGGAACAAAAUUCUUAUAUUUCUGCAAAAAAGACUCUUUUGAACAUAACGUAACAAAGAGGUGUAUUCGAGUCAAGCAUGUACUGUAAUCGAAUGGAAUCUUGACUGACAGGUUUGAACCUAGAAUGUAUUGCAGAUAAAGAAAGAGAUGUGGGGGUUAGGAAGGAGGUGCAGAUCAGUGUACCAAAAGCCAAGCACAUGUAAGCUUUUCACUCUUGCACACCUCUACCACUGAAUUACCUGGAUAUAGCGCAAGAGGAGUACAAAUCUGAAUUAAAGAAGAACCCUAAAGAGUUCUCCUCGCAGCCAUGCCAUUCUCACGCAGCUUCCUUUCCGAAGACCAUCUGCUGUGCUCCAUCUGCUUAGAUGUGUUUAACAAUCCUGUAUCUACGCCGUGCGGCCACAGCUUCUGCAUGGCCUGCAUCGAUAACUACUGGGAUUCAUCCAAGCACUGCCUGUGCCCCCUCUGCAAGGAGGCAUUCAAGAGAAAGCCCGAUCUCCACAUUAAUCGAACCCUCCGCGAAAUCACAGAACAGUUCAAGCAGAUGACAAGCAACAUGGGGGCCAACGGGGGAGUCGAGGGAGAUGAGGAGUUUGAGGAAGAGGAAACAACACAGGGGUCAGUGGAUGAUACAGAAGAGCCAGGGCAUCUUCCAGGUGAUGUGUUUACUAAAUUGAAGCGGAAAUUUGCCAGGCGUUUCAGUUCUCAUACCUGUCGCAUCAAAAGUGGACCUGACCAAACCGUGACAGUAAACGAGGACAGUACUGAUGACACCCAGACUCUUUUUAUUACGAACAAGGUGUCUCUGCGGAGGUUUACCUUGAGCGGGGCUGCAGAUGCCAUGCAAGUGCCUCUUUGUCCAAAACACCACAGAAACCUGGAGCUGUUCUGUCAAACUGAUCUGGAGUGCAUUUGUGUGGAGUGUGGAGAAACAGAACAUCAAUCACACAACAUCACUUGCGCUGAGAACGAGUGGCAAAGUAAUAAGAUGAAGAUUAGUACCACAGAGUCUGAGAUUCAAGAGAUGACAGAAGAAAGACUGCAGAAAGUGGAGGAUAUCAAACAAUCACUGACUGAAAUCAAAAUGCUCUCUGAGCGUGAGGCACAACGCAGCAUGCAGGUUUUCGGGACUUUGGUGAGAUCCAUGGAGUGCAGCCAGGCAGGGCUGUUGGAAGAGAUUGAGAAGAAUCGUCGCUCUGCUGACCAGCAGGCUGAGGUGAUUAUCAGAGAACUGGAGGAGGAGAUCACACAGUUGAGGAAGAGGAGCGCUGCGCUAGGCAAAGUGGCCCAAACUAAAGACUACAUCACUGGACUGAAGAGCUAUUCUGAUAUCAAUACCCCGCUGUCAAUGAAAGACUGGACAGAUGUUUCAGUGACCUGUGACUUUGGAACAAAAGCCAUUUACACUUCUGUCUGUCAGCUACUUGAACAGUUUAAGGAGGAACUUCAGAAACUACCUGCAAUGAGUCUUUCGGUGUUCACUGAACAAUCACCAAUGAAGUCUCUCCCAAAAGUGAAGAGAAUACAAGAAUAUGCAGUGGAUGUGACCCUGGACCCUAACACUGCCCAUCCUCGCCUCAUCCUUUCAGACGACGGAAAGAAGGUGUGGUGCGGUGAAAAGCACCAACUGGUUCCCAACAACCGCGAACGCUUUGACCGUGUAGUUUGCGUACUGGGGCGUGAGGGAUUCUCUGGUGGCCGACACUACUGGGAGGUAGAGGUGGGUGCGAAAACUGACUGGGACGUGGGGGUGGCCAGUCAGUUUAUCAACAGAAAGGGAAUGAUCACUGUUACCCCCAGCAACGGCUACUGGUUCCUUAGCUUGCGGGACAAGAAAAACUAUUCCUUCAGGGAUGAACCAUCCAUUCCCCUACCUCUCAGCCUGAAACCUCAGAAGAUAGGGGUGUUUGUAGACUAUGAAAAAGGCCAAGUGUCAUUUUAUAACGUGGAUGAAAAACUGCACAUCUUCACUUUUAUGGAUAAAUUCACAGAGGCCAUUUAUCCAUUCCUCAGUCCAUGUACCAUCAAAAACGGCAAAAAUAUUGCACCGCUGGUAAUUACACCUGUCCAUCUAGACUGAACAAUGAGAAACUUUUGUAAUGACCGAACAUCUGCUCAGAAAUGUUGUGGGAUUUUUCGGUCUGUUGACUUUAGUACAUUGCACAGUUUUCAGUAAUAACACAUAAUACUAAAAACAAGAAAUCUGCUUUUCAUAAAUAAAUGAAAGGAACAGUUCAACAAAAUCGGAAAACUCUCUUUGAAUUCACUCACCCUCAUCCCAGAUGUAUGGCUUCCUUCAGUUAAACACAAAAAAACGAAAACUUUCAAAUGAUGAGUUAGUUUGAAUAUUUUUUUAAGGAAUGUUUAUAACCAAACCGAUCAGAAGCUCCAUUGACUUAGUAUUCUUUUAUUCUUUAUGGAAGUAAUGGGGCUUCUGAUCGCUUUGGGUUUAAACAUUCCUCAAAAUAUCUUCCUUCGUGUUCAUCAGAAGAAAGAAAUUUAUACAGGUUUGUAGCAACAUGAAAGUGAGUAAAUGAUGAAAGAAUUUAUAUUUUGUGGUGAACUAUCCCUUUAACACUACACUACACUAUUAAUAUCCUCUGCCUGUCAGACCUAUAAGUAUUAAUAAAUCAUAUUGUUUUGUUUGAAUCUUGUAGUUUUAAUAUUAAACAUUUCAUUUAACCGAAUCAAUAUCCAAACUUUUAUACACACUGUAGUAGAGAGUGCUUUUGUGAGCAUCUGUGCCAAAUGGCAAGCAAGUUACUGCAGGUAAAUUCUCUCUUUUUCUUCUUUCCCACCCCCUGCGCCUCACAUACAACUCCGACCACCAUACUUAUAUCAUUCCACCUUAUCUGUCUUCUUCUUAGCCUGUACUUGUGUUUCGACACUGAGCCCAAGUUCUCAACAGUGUAGUGAAACAAACGUCAUUUACGUGUAACAAUACAACCAACUUGUCUGUUACCUGUGCAUU